AUGCCCGGGGAGGCUGCGGGCGCUGAGCUGUCGCUGCCUGAGGCAGGAGGGCCUGGAUCCCGCACAGAUCUCUCAUGUGAUGCAGCUAUUACAACCAUCCUGAAAGGGGACCAACUGGAGCCCCAUGGCCUGACCCCAGGGCCUAGUCCUCUGACGCUCACAUUCCUGUCCAGCAAGCCAGGUGCCAGGCCCCAGCCUGAGGGGGCCAGCUGGGAUGCAGGGCCCAGUGGGGCUGCCUCAACCUGGGUGGACCCGGCAGAGGGUAGCCCAGGCAUAGUGGUCCUCCCUGAGGGCCUGCCUCUCCGCCCUGUGCCUGCUGAAGUCCCUCUCCCCAGCACCCUGGAGCCCCGCAUCGUGAUGGGUGAGGAGACAUGCCAGGUCAUCCCUUCACUCAGGGCAGCCUGGCCAGUGCUCAGGGACCGGGAGGGUGGGCACACUGCCCUGCACCCACCUCCGGAGCUGUGUUCUCAGGGUGAUCCUCCUGUGCCUUCCCCUCCCCCUGAUCUCGAUUCUUACUUCACACCCCCCUCCACUCCCACCAAGACCACCUAUGCCCUGCUUCCUGACCAUGGGCCCCAUAGGGAGGCCUGGGAUCUGGAGGCCGAACUGCUGGAUGAGUUACUGGACUCAACACCAGCCUCACCCUCCGGCUCCUACAUUACAGCAGAUGGGGACAGCUGGGCUUCAUCACCUUCCUGUUCCCUCAGCCUGCUGGCCCCAGCUGAAGGGCUGGACUUUCCCUCCGACUGGCGCCUCUCCCCAUCAGGGUCAGUGGUAGAUGAACUAGAACCACACCCCACAGCACCUUCAGAGCCCCCAUCCUCUGAGUCUAGCCUCUCAGCAGACAGCACCUCUUCCUGGAGCCAAGAGGGCCAUUUCUUUGACCCAAACUUCCUGGCCAACGACCCAAUGAUCCCUGCCGCCCUACUACCCUUCCGGGGUAGCCUCAUCUUCCAGGUGGAGGCUGUGGAAGUGACACCAUUGCCCCAAGAGGAGGAGGAAGAGGAGGAGGAGGAAGUUGCUGCUGCUGCUACCCCGGAUGGAGACCUGGCUGGAGAGGGUGAGGACGACAGCACAUCUGCCUCCUUCCUGCAGUCACUGUCCGACCUGUCCAUCAUCGAGGGCAUGGAUGAGGCCUUCGCCUUCCGGGAUGAUACCUCGGCAGCCUCCUCUGACUCAGACUCAGCUUCUUAUGCAGGGGCAGAUGAUGACAGGCUGUACAGUGGGGAGCCCCAUGCCCAGCCCAGUGCUCAGAAUACAGAGCAGGAGUACAGAAGCAGGGCUAUAUUUCCGGGGACAGAAUUCACACCUCAGACAUCAGAGCAAGAGGAAGCUACCACAGUGACUCCUUGGUUGGGGAACAAAGUUGACUCGGUUGCUGAACAAGCAUCUGAGGCUCUUCCUGAGACCUGCCAGAAGGGGAUAAGCAUGAUCUUAGGCUGUCAGUCCCUCACUGCAGAGGCAAUUCCAGAUGUGCAGGAAGGAGCAAGCCCCACCUUAUGUCCAGUCCUUCCUGAAAACUUGAAGGAAGGAGGCCAGGGCCUUCCCUCCACACUAGAGUAUGUGGCUGUGGCUUCAGAGGAGCCAUGGAAGGCUGGGGGAGGUGUCAUAAUUCCACAGAACCCCCUUGUGACAUUACCCUCACUCUUGCAAAGUACAGAUCUCACCUCAGGCCCAGAGUCUGUGGCUGUAGUUGCACUAGAGCCCCAGCAGGAUGAGGGGUGUGUCACAGUACUCCAGGAUAUCCCUGUGGCAUCACCUUCACCCCUACAAAGUACAGAUCCAACCUCAGGUCCAGAGGCUACGGCUGAGGCUACAUUUGAGUUCCAACAGGCUAAGGAAGGUAUCCCAGAACUCCAGGGUUCCCCUGUGGCAUCAUUCUCAGCCCUACAAGGCUCAGAUCCCACUUCAGAGCCAGAACCUGGGGUCGUGGUCACAUUGAAGUCCCAGCAGGAUGAAGGGACUGUCACAGUACCCCAGGAGUCUCCUACAGCAGCAUCUCUUCCCCUGCAAAGCUCAGAUCCCACUCCAGACCAAGAACCUGAGAUUGCUGCCACACUGGGACCACAGCAGGCUGAGGAAGGCACCACCAUACACCAGGUUGCCCCAAUAGUAUCACCUUCACUGCUGCAAGGCUUAGAUUCAACCUCAGACCUAGAGUCUGUGGUUGCAGGCACAUUGGAGUCCCAGCAGGACGAAGGGAUUACCACAGCAACCCAGGACACCCCUGUGGUGGCACCUCCACCCCUUCGAGGUACAGAUUCCACCAUGGACCCAGAGUUGAUAGCUCAAGACACCUCUCAGGCCCUGCAGAGAGAAGCAGGCUACACCCCAGGGACCAAGUCUUCCGUCUCUGAGGCCCAUCACGAAUUAGGUGUGGCCUUAGGACCAAGGCCAGUGCCUAAGGAGCAGGAUGCAGAACCUCCUUCACACUCAGCACUCCCAGCUUCGAAUCAAGCCCAACAGAAUGGUUCAGAGCCAGUUGUAAAGAGUGACAAUGUUGGGGCUCCAGGAGAAGAGUCAGGUCCCACUUUGAGCACAAAGACCUCUGAGCCCACAUCUUGCAUGGAGGAGAAAGUAGCUGAGAGCAUAUCUGCACCCACACAAGGAACAUGUCUUGAAGCCCACGAUAGGGUCAAGGCCCACUCACCUCAAAGAGAGGCCUUGAGGGCCAAGAACAAGCGUGGUAGAGGCCCCAAACCACCAGGACAGGGAAAUGGGGUGAAGUCAGCACCAUCCCAAGGCACCAUGGAGACUUUCAAGGCACAUUCUGCUGCACGCUCUGAGGUCAGCCAGCCACAGCUGAUGAGCUCAGCUGGAGAGGGAAAGAACCCGAGCAGCAAGGACACCUCAGGCCCCAGGCUUCCUGUGGCUCUAUCUGUACAAGCCAGGCUAGGUUCCUGCCCAGGGUCCCCAGCAAGAGCCACAUGCACACUGAGCAGGGUCUACUCUGAAGAGACUGCCAGGUGUGCACCACCCUUCCAGCAUCCGGAGCCUAUGCUGGGCCUGGGCAGUGGAGAACAGCCCAAGGUGACCCCCGGUACCCUUAAUCUUUCCCCAGAGAACUCUGCUGGUGACCUGCUCACCACACCUCAGAAUAAGUUUCUGGACCCUGACCCUUCUGCUCCCAGUGUCCUGGACAGGGUAUCCCAAUCAUCCCCAGGGCCCCCAGACCCCUGCCUGUGCCCCACUCCCCAGAAAGCCUCUGUGGAGGAGGAGCCCCCAGCCUCUCGUGGCCUGAUACCUCGGGCAGGAGCCCAGGGAGUUGCUGCCAUUACCACCUCAGGAUCCACAAAGCCUCUGGGAGCCCGGCAGCGUGUCAGCCUCUCACCUCACUCCACCCUCAACCCCAAGGUGACCCCCACAGAUGCCAAAGACCUGGCUUGCAGCAUCUCAAGCCCCUGCCAAGUGCCUCCUCCCUCUGGGACCCAGAACCCAUCGGGUCCUCGAGGGUUCCUAGCUCAUGAACAACAAGAGGAUGAGGAUAGCCUGGAGGAAGACUCGCAGAGGGCCCCAGGCUCUGGACAGCAUUCGGAUAGCCACGGGGAGUCGUCCGGUGAGCUGGAUGAGGAUAUUUCACCUCAGAAAUCGCAGUGCCCGGCACAGGGCCCAGCAGGCAGCAAUGAGGAGAGCAUCACCAGAGCCAAGCAAAGCCGCAGUGAAAAGAAGGCUCGAAAGGCAAUGUCGAAACUGGGCUUACGGCAGAUCCAGGGGGUCACCAGGAUCACCAUCCAGAAGUCCAAGAACAUCUUGUUUGUGAUUGCCAAGCCAGAUGUCUUCAAGAGCCCUGCCUCAGACACCUAUGUGGUCUUUGGUGAGGCCAAGAUCGAGGACCUGUCCCAGCAAGUACACAAAGCUGCAGCAGAGAAGUUCAAGGUGCCCUCAGAGUCCUCAGCCCUGGUCCCUGAGCUGGCAGCUGGACCCCGUGUGAGGCCAGAGUGCGAAGAGCAAGAGGAGGAAGAUGAGGAGGUAGAGGAUGCUGGACUAGAACCUCGUGACAUUGAACUGGUGAUGGCCCAGGCCAAUGUGUCCAGGGCAAAGGCUGUGCGGGCCCUGAAGGACAACCACAGUGACAUUGUCAAUGCUAUCAUGCUUUGGCUAUAA